AUGGGUACACACUAUAUCUCCGUCUGGACUGCCAUUUAUGACUUUACACCCGUGCGGGAUGAUAGCGACCAGCUUAUAGUCAAGAAAGGCCAGAUGCUGCUACUUCUUGACCCUUUCAAUGACGACGACUAUGUCGCUCGGGCUGACGGCGACCUAACAAUUUCUGAAAAAGAAUCUCUUUUGGUGUAUGCGAUUGAAGAAGAUUGGGUACUUGUUACCAGCCUUAAACAACGUGCGACAGGCUAUGUGCUAAGAGCACGCAUCCGAAUUGAGCUGCUUUCAACGAGCCAGGAAGCAAAAAAAGCGGUUGCACUAUAUGAUUACAACGCAGCAAAUCCGGAUGAGCUCUCCUUUGAGCAGGGAGAAAUAUUGACCAUUAUUAAUAAUAACGGCGAAGGGUGGUGGCAUUGCGCAAAUGAAAGUCGUCAAAUUGGUUUGGUUCCAUGCAAUUAUAUUAAGUCACAAACCGGAUCCGAAGGUACUGAGUCUGGGGGUACAUUGUUAAGAGGAACCCAUGAUGCCGUUAAUGAAAUCCAACGCUCAAUCGACUUGGUAAACCAAAAUAGCCCUUCCGAAGUUAUAGAAGUUUUGGUUACGUGUGGUCUCAAAGACUUGACUUUCUCCAUUGACCUCUCCACGUUUUCUGAAUUUCCAGACGGUUACGGAGAUUAUGAUGUUUAUCGGGGUCGCCUCUUUGAUGGCACAUGGGUGGCUGUAAAGGUUAAAGUCACUAGCCAACAGUACUUUGAGACCUCAGAGGAUCUAACUUGUGCUGAAAUUUGCAAAGGUCUUUCAUAUCUACACACAGUUGGGAUCAUUCAUGGAGACCUAAGAUCGUCCAACAUAUAUGUUUCCCGCGACGGCACGCCUUUGAUAGCGGAUCUUGGAAACUCCUGGUUGGUCGACCCAUACAUGGAGGUCAAGCGGGACAAUCUAAUUGGGUUACCAGGACGGUGGGCGUCUCCCGAGCUUAUCAAAGCGUCCAGCGGGCCACAAAAGUCAUCAGACGAAGUGAUGACGGGAGAAGAGCCUUACAAUGAAUUUUCCAAAGCUCGGGCCUUAUUCGAAGUUGCUACGAAGCGGGAACCACCCAGGAGGCCAGAGAGUAUACCUCAUGGCUGCGAGACAGGGGAUAUCCUAUGGGCGCUACUACUUCGUUGUUGGUCCUACGAACCAGGAACACGCCCAAGUGCUAUUGAAGUUGAAGAGUCGAUUCCACGUUUUGAACUCUUUUAG